AUGUAUCCCACAGAUCACCCAGUCAUGAAUAUAAACAAUAGUACCAAUAGAAGUAAUUCACCACCUUCAACUUCAACCUCCAAUUCCUCGAAAAAAGUAGGAGUAACUCAUGCAAUUAGAGCCAGAUUAAAUUUUAAUGAUGAAAGACUUUGGAAACGAUUUUCAGCCCGAAGACUAGAAUUAAUAGAUACAUUAGAUUUAAGUUCUCGAAAAGCCAGUGAACAAGAAUAUGAUAUUAAAAGAGUUGCAGAAGCACUUAGGAUGGAAUUUAAUUAUGGAAAAGAAUUUGAAGGAGAAUUUGAUAAAUUAGUAAGAGCUGCCGUUCAGAGUGUUAGAAGAAAUCGAAAACGAUCAUCGAAGGCGAAAAGACCCGAUCGAGAUAUUAAACGAGUGAAAACUGAAGGUGGGGCAAGUGAAGAUUAUGACGAUGAUGAACAUAGCCAUGAUCAUGAAGAUGAUGAUGAAGGAAGACUGGCAUUUUUAUCCGAGAUUGCAAGAGUAGAUCCUAAUGACGAUGUAUAUCAUAGUAAUUAUAAUAAAACUAAACAUAUCUCGGUAAAUGAUCGUGCGAAGGAAACAAUAGAUACAAUGACACGACCUAGAAUAUCAACAACCGGAACUCGAAAUAGUAGUAGUUCAAAUGGUAUACCUACAUUACCACCCUUAGCUAGUUUAACUAUGAAUGAAACUCAUGUUGAAUUACCGGAUGCAAGUUUAGCCAAACGAGAUAUUAUUAAUAAAAUUGAAAGAUCAAAAACCUGUAAUGAAACUAGUCAUAAGAAAACUUCCGAGAAUUUACAAUUUUUAGGUAAAUCAAUAAUAUCAAGUUGUAUUGGAUAUAUAUUUGAAAAAUCAUUUGAGAAUGUAAAUGAAGGUUCAAUUGAAUAUUUAAGAAAUAAAUUAAAUACUGAAUAUUAUUUAGCUAAAUUUUUCCGAAAUUUAGAUCCAUCAACCAAUAAUAAUCAAAUUAUAAAUGAUGAGAUUGCAAUUAUAUCAUUAUAUACUUUAUUAGGAGGAUGUGUUAAAGAUUUUGGAUUUGAAGAAAUCAUGUUCCCAAUUUGUGAAAUCUUAUAUGUUUCAGUAUUGGAAGAAUAUCCAUUAAUUGCCAAUAAUUCAACUCCAUUUAAGGCUCUGGAUUAUUUGAAGCAUGGAGAAAGUAGUGCAAACAGUACUAUUCCAAUGAGUACAACCACCACGAAUACAACAACAACUAUGGGAUUAAGUUCAUUAGCAGAAGUAGCUGCCGAUGUUCAACAUUUACAUCCCCCUCCAACAACUACUCAUUCCCGAAAUAUAACUCCUCGACCCUCACCACAUGGUCCAGUUCCAUUACCUGGUCGUACCGGUGCCCCUACCAUGAUUCCAUUAUUACAUAACGAAAGUCGAUCAAUUUCCCCAUCCCUAAACCACCAUCAUCAUGAUCAUCCUCCAAAUACAUCCAAUCCAAUCCAACAAUAUUCCGAAUCCAUCCCCAUCGGACCCCGUCCAAUCCCUGCCACUGCUGGUGCUCCACCGGUUCUAAAUAGAAAAAAGAGGGUAUUUCUACGAUUCUUAAACCAAAUCUUAGAAUUCUCAUAUGGAGCUUCCAAUUCAGCCACACCACGAUAUUUCGAAAUAAUCGAAAAUGCAACCAAUGCAUUCAAAUUAAAUACAAAUUAUGAUUCGGCGCAUAAUAUGAUCUAUUUACGUGAUUAUAAAACCGGACAAAUAAUUCAAACCGAUUAUGAACUAGAAAGAUUAUUUCGCGGGGAGGAUCCGAUUGAAUUAGAGAUUUUCGUGCAGAGACCAAAAGCGAUACCGAUCUAUGAGUUAACAUCGACUAUUGUGAGUAGUAGCAAUAGUGGGAUGACUAGGAGUGGGACGGAAUCUCCGAGGAUUAUAUUGCCUCCNUAG